CAAGUCAUAUGACCCGGAGGAGUAAGCCCCGCCUCCUUGCUCUGUCACUAUAAGGAAACACUGCAAGACAAAGUGGCUUCUCCGGCUGAGGGGCUCUCGGUGUGAGGAGAACAUCCAAGAGGGAAGCUUUAACAUGGAGAACCUGAUUACAGCAGCAAACAAUGCAAAUAGUACCAGUGCUGAACUUACGAUAGGCUUCAUCUCUUCUGCUGUAUCUGUUGUCCUGUAUGGCUCAAACUUUGUUCCAGUAAAGAAGUUUGAUACUGGAGAUGGCAUGUUUUUCCAGUGGAUACUCUGUGCUUCCAUAUGGAUUGUAUCUUUGGUGGUCAAUAUUAUUCUUCAUUCCCCAAAAUUUUGGCCUCUAGCUAUGGUAGGAGGCUGUGUCUGGGCUACAGGCAACAUAACAGUUGUUCCAAUCCUUAAAACAGUUGGCCUUGGGCUCGGUUUGUUAAUUUGGGCUUCAUUUAAUCUUCUAACUGGCUGGGCAAGUUCAAGGUUUGGCAUGUUUGGAAUAGACCCAGAAAUUGUUGCUAACCCAAACUUAAAUUAUGCUGGAGCUGGUCUUUCAGCAUUAAGUGCAGUAAUUUUUCUGUUUGUGAAAUCCGAAGUAAACAGUGCAACAUCAAUUUCAGAAUCAGAAACCACCCCACUACUUAGCAAUAGUAUUAAUUACCAGCAAAACGCUGUUUCAGAUGAAUCAUGGGUAGAAAAGCUAUCGCCACUUCAAAAACGACUGAUAGGAUCUGCAAUGGCUGUUGUAGCAGGAAUUCUCUAUGGCUCCAGUUUUAUCCCAGUUCUCUACAUCAAGGACCACAGCAAAAAUAACCAGAGCAUAUAUGCUGGUGCAAGCCAAUUUGAUUUAGAUUACGUCUUUGCACACUUCAGUGGAAUUUUCCUUACAAGUACAGUAUAUUUUCUAAUAUACUGCACCAUAAUGAAAAAUCACCCAAAAGUUUACCCUCAAGCAAUACUGCCUGGUUUUGUUUCUGGUAUACUAUGGGCCAUCGCGACCUGUUGCUGGUUCCUGGCCAAUAAUUACCUUAGUGCUGUUGUCAGCUUUCCAAUAAUAACUGCAGGGCCAGGAAUAAUAGCUGCAAUGUGGGGGGUUUUAGUUUUCAAGGAAAUAAAGGGAAUGAGAAACUAUUUGCUGCUUGUAUUCGCCUUCUGCAUUGUCCUGUCUGGUUCUUUGUUAACGGGUUUUUCUAAGAAAUGAAGAUAGUUUUUCCAGCAGGUGGUGAGUGAAGCCCCGCUCCCACUUCCUGUUCAGUUCUGUCUUCAAUUCGACUACUCUAGUCAACCGGGAGAGCCUUCUGGGCAUGCCUGGAGGCAGCAGGAGCCAGUCUGUGCAUUAGCAGGGUUUUUUUUUUUUAUGUGUACAAGGGCAUUGGGAAGCAUUAAGGAUGUCUAUAUAGUACUUUCUUCAUGAUUAAGUGAUUUAAGCAAUUGUAAUUUAUUGAAUUUCAUCAAUUAUUAAUCUUUGUAUGGUGUGUAUUUUAUAUAUGUAUUUUCCUUUUGCAUCCCUUCAUGUGUCAUGUUGCCUAGUAACUCGGAGACACCAUACAGAGAUAUACUAUGACACUGGUAUUUUACAUAUUUAUCUGUACUAAUGUCUGGGUAUAGUGGCCCUAUAGUUACAUCAAGAGCAUUUGGGGACAGUAAUUUUUAAAUGGUAGCUUAGCCUCCAAAAAAUGUAUAAUGCAAAUGACCUUACACUUGGACAAACCUUCACUAUAUAUAUAUUUGUGGUUGGACUUAAGUUAGAGCAACAUACUCUCGGCUCCAAGACAUGCAGAGGACAGUUUCUACUACUACUGAAAUUGAAAAGAAAAUAUUUAUUUUUGCAGUUAAAUGGCAGAAAGGUCUUGUGUUCAUUUAUAAUUACAGACUUAGCAAUGUCUUUCCAAAUUUAAAACAAAAAAGGAGAAGACACAAAUCUUUGUCACUGAGGGGAACCAUAAAUGUUUUGGAAACAUUCAUAUGAACCCAGACUAUUAUUGUUGGGUACUCUGUGUUCUUUAUAUUGUCUGAUACCAGUGAACUAUUAAUUAGACUCUGAAAUUCUCUGAAAGCAGUCUUUACAAACCAAUUAAGCAGGUGAUUAAACUGUGUCAGGUUUAACCUCUUCUUGUGCUCAUACCUGUAUAAAAAAUGUGUCUAGUUGAGAGUUUUAUUCAUUGUAAAGACCUAGAAUUUCACCUGCCAUUGAUUUUCUUGCAAAGAAGCUGUAAAAACCCCUCCCUUUUUAUAAAUAAUUUGGUUUUUUUGCUGUUAUCUUCUCCUUCUUAUCUACUUCUUUCUUUUAUACAUUAUAUAAAUUGUAACAGACAGAGCUUUUUUCCCACUUUCAACAUACCUUUACAUCCAAUGAUGAUCGAAUCUAUCCCAUUUAGCUUUGUUAGAAAAUUUGUGAAGCCAUGGGAAAAUUCUGAGAACUUUUUUUCACUGAACUUAUUCCGCUGCAACUUUAUUCCAUGGUGACUUUUACUGCACACAAUAUACUAUAUAUUUUUGAACACAUUUAUUAACACUGUUAUUUGUCAAGCUUUUCAUACAGUAAGAUAUCUUGAGCUUAUCUUAACACUAAUGUUUAUUUUAUAAAAAAUAAGAUAAUAAAAACAUCAAUGUAUUAUUACUAAGGUCUAGCAAUAUAAAUGUGUGUAACAGGCCUUGUUCUUUAUAAAAAAAAAAUGUGUUUCCUAAUACUGAUAUAGGUAAACGUAAAAGUAUUUAUUUAUUGGAUUUGGCUUGUUAUUGUUUUUAAGUGCAGUGGAAGAGUUUGGGAGGCUUUUGAUAGCAUACAGUGAAUAAAUUAAAAAAAAAGUCCUUGUGUGUGCCAGCUUUGCUCAGGAAUCUUUCAUUCAAGUGGGUGUAGGCAAGCAGAAAGCACAUUUAGCAGUUAACCCAGUGAUGGGAUUUAAUUGAAUUACUGCAACAUGGCUGCAAAGGAGCAUGACCGCACAUGGCACAGGAAAAAAUAGCUCUAUAACAGACAAGAAGUUAAAUAACAUAAGAAGCACAGAGAUUAGUACAGUGCAGGAGUACCCAUGAGCAACACUUAAAUGUAAAAAAUGUUGGGGAGCAACGCAAGCAUGAAAACAUUUCCUAGGGGAUGACCAAUAAGGAUUGGUGAUGACUGGCAGCCUACAGGAGGCUCUGCUUGACAGUACACAUGGUCUUUAUGCCUCCAAAUCUUCUCUUCAAGUCAGAAAUUCAAAAAUUAAAACCUACAUUGAGGCCACUUGGAGCAACAUGAUGCUCACGAGCCACUGGUUGGGGAUCACUGGUACAGUUCAUAUUGGUAAUUUAAAGAAGAAGAAAAAACAAAUCACUGGGGGUGCCAAAAGUUAGGCACCUACCAGUCAUUGUAUUUACUUGCCUGAUACAGGGGGCUAUGGGAAAAACUCAAAACUGAAUUAGGAGAACAGUUUUUUCUCGCUUUAAAAAGGCGGCUUGUUUUCCAUAUAUUGCAAUAUAUUCAAAUUGACUGCAUAAAAGUCAGCCCUGGCCAGUUCUGUGCUCACUUUCAUCUGAUUUAUUAAGCAUGUUAGUAAUUAGGCAAUUUAUGUAGGGAUAAGUUUUACUUAAAACAUGGUUUACAAGGUUAAAGCUCCCAAAUGGUUGACCACCAGAGGGACUACUUGACUGAAGUUGAAAUGAUGGGAGCUACAACAGGGAGCUGGCCACUGCUCCUGUAUAAACUAUAGCAAAAGGAGAAGUUGUGCUCUAGUUUAGACUAGAAUUCACUUGCAUUCUUUCUCUUGGUAUAAUAGAAUUUUGCCUUGAUGUUUUUUGAGCGCAGAAUGUUGCUUUGGUGCUGUUCUUCUGCAGAGAUGUAUAAGCCAUCUUUGACUGAUUGGUUAAAGUAAAGUUUAUUCUUGGCAGUAAAUAAAGUGAUUACAGAACAAAGUUAUACAUAAUUCAAGAGCCCUUCCCUUGGAUUUAUCAAGUUGUAACAUAUCUCUGAGGGUUUGUAUAUUUAUUGAUCUUUAACUGUAUAAAAUGACAACUGGUUAAGGCUACACAGUGAUUGUAGCCUUCAGCAAGGCAGAUGUUCAGUGUAUGGAAAAUGUACAAAUCUUUCCUGUUUAUAUAUGCCAAUUAUCUGCUGGGCACUGGAGAAUCCCAUUCUUAAGAUAUUACCAGCACCCAGCUUAUAAGCAACAACUAGGUGGGAUAUUAUAAUAAUCAGAGAUUUUUUGUUUAUGAAAUUGAUUAUGCACAGGAAAACUGCAAAAGUGCUUAUGGGAUGCAAGACAAUGCAAAAAAGUAGUGGUUGCCAGCAGGGAAGGAUGGUCAAUGGAGGGAAGAUCAGGGCUUCUGGUGGGCCCCUGGGUCACAAGUCCGACACAGAUGGUAUACAGGUGCAGUGACAAGGAGUUUACGAGGAUUUUGAGAAUGAAAAACUAAGCUACACAGGUCCAUAACAUGUCCCUUUGUCGCUAUACACUUACAAUUACUUGAAUGUAAUUAUAGAUGUUUUUACAGUAUUGUGUCCCCUGUCUGAGACAAGUAACAUUCCCAGAGUAGACAUCCCUAAUGAAUAUGCAGUUAUAUGAAGGAACAUUUUAAAGUAAGCCAUAUCCAGACUCUCAAAAUCAAUCUCCACGUGGGUAAAUUGCAAUGGGUAGAGAAUUAUUCUGUGUAAAAAUCUUUUCACACUAUUGCUGUGUGUGCAUGGAGAAAGGAUAGUGUCUUCUAAUGCUGUGCUGACAAAUUCCUGGAAUGUACUCAUUUCCAUCACUAACUCACUAUUUAGCAGUCAUGCGUGCACAAUGACAGCCUUUGGUGUCCUGCUGAAUCAAGGGAUGGGCCAGCCAAGAAUAAGUAAAUCAUUCUAGACUUAAAAAUACAAACAGGUUUGGAGGUUAAUAUAAUGGCAUCCAACCUCUAUUUUGGAAUUUACAAACUAUUAUAGAACUCACUGAUAAUGUAGAUGUACUAAAUGUGAUUGAUAUGGGAAUAAGUAAACCCUGUCCUUGCUGGAAUAUUGUUUAUAAUCUCACCAGGGCAGUAACCAUCACUAACAUGGGCCCAUAAAACUGAAUUAACUAAAAGCAGCUUGUCUAUAACUUGUAUUUCUUUUAGUUUAUCAUGCACUAAUCAAAGCAAAUCAAAUUUUUGCUAUGGAUUACUGUGUGCUUUGUGUGUAUUUCCAAGUUGGCCACAGUCAUGAUUGUUAUUUAUUUUUAAAUAAAGCAAAUGUAACUGUAAAUACCAUAAUUAAUAAAUAUGCCAUAUCGAUCUA